AUGCCUUCAAACAACAAGUCCCUGGUCCCGCCGCCAAAUCUUUCUAGCCCCCACUCGUCGUCAGCUACCAGUCCUGUACAUAUUUCUAGGGACACAUCGCCCUUUACCGACCUACCCCACCCCGAUGCCUUAGAACUCGACGACUACAAGAAGCACGACGCGCAGGACGACGACGACGAUUUUGCUUGGGACGACAACUACGACGAAGAAGACAGAGCCAUGCCUUCUGAUCUACGGCACUCAGACAGCAGAUCGCAUGCUGCUCCCUUGCUCUCACCAGAGAACAAGCAUCGAGACUAUGCCUCACCUCCAGGCAGUGCUGCUCUGCGGGAGCGUCGCUCACGCCUACGAGAACGCGACCCUGACNCUGACUGCCGCCAAUGCCACCAAGCAAAAUACACAUAUGCUGCCGCCUUUCUGGUCCUAAGCUUGAUAUCCUUCACAAUACAAACAGAGACAGCCGUAUAUAUCCAGCAUUCAUUGCAUUGGAACAAGGCAUAUUGCAUGCUAUAUUUCACCCAUGGCAGCUGGAUCCUGUUAUGGCCUACACAACUAGCCAUUCUGCGACUGCAGAAGCUGAACAUGCCUUGGGAGUCCUUCUGGCGCAGACACAAGGCCAUCUUGCGGAGUACCGCCCAGAUGGUUGAGCAUCAAAGAUUGGACGUUCCACACCACAUGCAGAAGCAGUCUCCUAUUCCAUACUUCAUCAAGAUGACCUCCUUUGUCACUUGCGCGCUUACUGUCGCUGGCGGCAGUUGGUACGUUGCUGUCGAUUUGACCACUGCCUCUGACUUGACUGCUAUUUACAACUGUUCCGCCUNNUUUUUCGCAUACGCUUUCGCUAUUCCUCUAUUAGGAGAACACUUCAAGUGGAACAAGGUCUUUGCCGUAGGCGUUGCCAUUGUUGGCGUGCUGGUUGUCGCAUAUGGCGACGUCAGCCCUAGCAAGCACGGAAGCAAGUCCGGCGGUGGCGCAGGUGGUCCUACCGCUCCAGAGCCCGAGGAAGCAUCCAACCGUGCUCUUGGUAACCUCGUUAUCGGUGUUGGAAGCGUGCUCUACGGCUUUUACGAAGUCUUGUACAAGAAACUCGCUUGCCCACCCGAGGGUUGCUCUCCUGUUCGCGGCAUGAUGUUUGCGAAUACCUUCGGCUCUCUGAUCGGUCUCUUCACCUUGACUGUCCUCUGGAUCCCCAUCCCCAUUUUGCAUUACACUGGCAUCGAAACGUUCGAACUACCUACUGGAGAGGCAGCAUGGAUGCUUCUCAUCUCCGUCAUGGCAAAUGCCACGUUUUCUGGAUCUUUCCUUGUGCUUAUUUCGCUCACGUCGCCCGUGUUGAGCUCUGUCGCUGCUCUGCUGACGAUUUUCUUGGUUGCUGUUGUGGAUCAAUUGCUUCCUCCGCCGCUUAACCAGCCCUUGACUGGUGCUGCUGUUGCUGGCGGUUUACUCAUCAUUGUAGCGUUUUUGUUGUUGUCAUGGGCCACGUACAGAGAAAUGGCUGAAGAGAGGCGGAAAAAGGAGAGUGAGGCGGAAAUCGAAAGCGAUAUCGAGAGCGUCAUCUAG